AUGGAGCGGGCGGCGUUCCCUCUGUUGCACCAGAGACUGACCGCGAGCGGCUUCGAUGCGUGGGACGCGGUGACGGAGGAGGACGUCUACGCGGGCGCCCCGCACUGCUACGCUGAAUUCAUGCGUGCCAUCCUCACCUCCUUCCCCCGUGAAACCGCGGCGCUGAUGCGCAAGCACCCCUGGCUCUGCGUAGAGGGCGAGGACGGGGCCCUGGCGGCUGCGGUGCUGCGACUCUUGUCCCUGGAAGGUGGCCGCAGGAACAGCAUUAAGUCGACGCAGUUUCGGGAGAAGAAGUACGCCGCCGCGAAAAUAAAUCUCUGCAUCGAAUUGUUUGACCUGUUGGACCGGCUGGCUGCUUCCAGCGGCGGCACGCGCAGCCCAGGCGCCGCGGAGCGAAAGGUUGGGGCCGCCAAGACGGGCCCUUCUUGUCCUCCGGCCCGCGACGCGCCGGCGCUGUUGCUGAAUGCGCGGCUGGCCGACGUCCACGGGAGGAAACGGGCCCUCGACCACCUCGUGCGCAAAUGA